AUGGACAUGAAUACUACAGAGUCUUUUAUACCGAGGGGAUUAUUCAACGAAGUUAGGGUGAAUUAUGGCGAUGAUGUGUGUCAGAUGUGUAAACAAUUUUCAAACCUCAAGAUCAAACUGGCGUCAAUAAAGAACCGUACAGUAUUUUUCUUACAGUGCAGGAGACUGAAGGUUUACCCCUACCAUAUUAAAAAUAAUAUUAGACAAAUAUAUUCUCUCCAACUUGAGGAGCAUCCAUACACUAGACAGGUAGCCGUUAUCAUGGAGAAUUUUCAGAGAUCAGUACUGAAUCUAGAGAUUAAAAUUACACUAUGGAAGAGGAAGAACAUACAACAAUCUAUUGACUCUCUUGUUAACGUGUUAGAGGCGCUAUUGGACGAAUACACAUGGGGAGGCGUGAGACGGUUCGCAGCACAGAAAUUCGAGUUUUCUUUUCAAAAAAUAAAAGAAAUUAAUAGGCAAAAACUAACCAGACUACAAAACACACAAAACCAACCCAUUACAAUUCAAGAAUGUGAAAAGUUUCUCGUUAACUACACUAGAGUGGAGAUCCCUGAAAAAGCACGUAUUAUAUUAGGUAUGGGACCAAAACAUGGCAUAAUCCCAAAAAAUGUUCCAAUACCAGAACUAAUCAAGGAUGUUGAAAGCUUCAUACAAGCAUUAUCAUUGGGAGAAAAUGAAAGGAAUGUAAUCAGAUCGAGAUGCACGAGAGUAAUCCAGAACUUCAUGGACAGGCCGAGAGCUCCAGACCCCCUUGGAAUAUAUUACCAUAUUACAUCAAAAUUUGUCAGAGACAAACCUGAUAUUUUGGUUAGCAGAUCGGAUAAGGGUAACACAACUGUGGUUAUGUACAGGGAAGAGUACAUUCAAGAGGUGAGCAGACUACUGAGUGACGACACUACGUACAGAAUUUUAAACAAAGAUCCAACACGGAAGACCCAAGAAAACAUCAAUAAAUUUUUGAAAACGCUCAGAGAUGAACAGAUGAUAACAGGAUCACAAUACAAGGAACUAAUCAGACACAACAGUACUCCUCCAAAAUUAUACUGUUUAAGGAAAACUCACAAACAAGUUCUCAGUUUCAGACCUAUCGUAAGUUGUAUAAGUGGACCUGGUUAUAAUAUCGGCUCAUUUCUACACACAAUUUUAAGCAACGUCCUCUCCUCUUCGAAAUUUAAAGUAAAGGACUCGUUCUCGUUUGUUGAGGAACUCAAAAACAUCCAUGUUCCUGAAAAUUACAAAAUGAUGUCUCUUGAUGUUGUGUCCUUAUUCACAAACAUCCCAAAAUCGUUGGUUUUUCAGAUCAUUACCAAAAGAUGGCGUUAUAUAAGUUGCUUCACCGUGUUGGAUGAAAACAGCUUCAUUAAACUGGUUGAUAUUGUGUUCGACAGUAGCUAUUUUACAUUCAACAACAAUUUUUAUAAACAGUUGGAUGGAACGGCGAUGGGAUCCCCUGCAAGUCCUGAUCUUGCUGAGCUGGUUAUGUUGGAGUUAUUUGAGUUUGUUGCCGGUAAGUUGAAUUUUGACAUCCCCAUUAUGAAGAUAUGUGUUGACGAUACAUUCCUACUCAUACCUGAAGACCAUAUUGAGUCAACACUUGAUCUGUUCAACUCAUUUCACGAGAAACUCCAAUUCACUGUUGAGAUAGAAAAUAAUAAGAGCCUACCUUUUCUUGAUGUUAUGGUGAUAAGAGAAAACGACAAAAUGAUCACCGAUUGGUAUGCAAAACCAUCUAAUUCUGGCAGAUGCCUUAAUUUUCUUUCUAAUCACAGUUUCCAACAAAAGAAAAAUGUAGCUACCAAUUUAAUUCACAGAGCUCUAGCACUAAGUCACAAAACGUUUGAGAAGAAGAACAUUAUAAAAAUAACCAAUAUACUUUUGAACAGCAACUACCCCCCCUACUAUAUCAGAAAAGCGAUAAAUAACUACAAGCUUGAACAGGAUCGUGUUUCUCUUACCAGAAAUAGUAGGAAUGUCAACAGAAUGACUAACACAACAAACAUUAGCCCAGAACCUGAGGUGACUACCAAGCUGAAGUACUUCAAGCUCGCGUUUUUCCCUGGAUUAUCUUACAGACUGCACAACAUAUUCAAAGGGUUUGGUUGCACAACAUCGUUCUAUAAUAUCCUUGAUAACAAUAAAAAAAUUUUCACCAACACAAAAGACAAAACCCCUAUUACUAUGCAGUCUAGUCUGGUAUAUAAAAUUCCCUGCCAGGAUUGUGACAAAGUGUACGUGAGCCAAACAAAACAAUAUCUGAAAGAUAGAAUUCGACAAGAUGAAAAUGAUAGCAAACAUUUAGAAGCUGAAAACAAACCUGCACUCACACAGCAUACACACAGAGAGGGACAUAGAUUUAAUUUUGAAAAUGUGAGUAUUCUAGAUAAAGAACAACAUUAUUUCAGACGUCUUCUAAGUGAGAUGAUAUACAUUAGAAGAAACAAUACAGUAAACUACAGAGAAGAUACGAAUAACUUAAGUACAGUUUAUGAUUUUGUGAUAUCAAGAAUAACAAUGCCUAAUGGAUAG